AUGCAGCCCAUCUCAGUUUCAACAGAUAUAACGACGAUUUGGUAUCCCACGGCGUGGUCGACAGUUACAACAACCGAUUAUGUUGCUCAUUUAACAUCGACAACUACACUGAGUCCUUAUGCGGUAUCCACGGUGUUGACAUUUUUCACGACCUAUUAUGGAUCUGCCUCAACAUUGACAUCUACGACGCACGAGCCUACUAGCGUUGGAGAAACAUCAAUUACCUCGAAAUUCGAUGCUCCAUCUUCUACCCAGGAUGUUCCCACCACCACUGCUCCUCCCACCACCACUGCUCCUCCCACCACCACUGCUCUUCCCACCACCACUGCUCCUCCCACCACCACUGCUCCUCCCACCACAACUGCUCCUCCCACCACCACUGCUUCUCCCAGUACCAAUCCUGUCCCAACCUCUGAUGGACAAAGCAAUAGAAUAAGCAACGGAGCGCUUGCUGGUGCAAUUGUCGGGUCCAUAGUCGGUACAGCGUUGCUUUCGUUCCUGGUUGCGUUGUUUUUCUUUCGUCGAUCGAAGAGCAAGCAUAACGUUCCUGGUAAAAGUGACGGAGUGGAAUAUGUGGACGCAGAGAAGUCUGGAAGUCGCGGUGGCCCUGGUCAAAACAUACUACCUGAUUCUAGUCUACAAAGCACAAAACCCAGUGCGACAGCAAUUGGAGAAAAUUUGUUCCUAGCCAGUGGAUUGUCCAAGUGUAUCCCCGAGCCAGCAGACGAUGAUAGCGUCGCGAAACAGGUUUUGACAUUUUUUGAUCAAGCCAGCCUUCACGUCGACAAUUAUUAUUCUCAGGCGUUUUCAAUGACUUUGAUAUCAUCCCAUGAUCAGAAUUCGAAAAUAUUUGACUUUCACACACCUUAUCUUCCUGGGUCAUUGACAACUCUCUUGGAAAACUCUAAAACGCGGCGGCUUAUCAUCACUCAUGCUCUUGUUUACUCUCUUCUAUCAGCAAUAGACCCUCAAGGUACAACAAGACAACCAUUGCUACCUUUAGGCUUCACGACUGGUCCAUUGGUGCGAAGCCAAGAGGAUAAUGAUUUUGAUCAAGAAUUCGGUCAAAUUCUCUAUACGUGGCGCAUGUUAACAGCGUAUCUAUCUCGACAUGCAACACCUAACGCGGCGAAAACAACCUCGACGGCACAAGAAACAGAAAUUAAUACCUUUGUCGAUGUUUUCACAGCCUCUUUUGCUCCAUACGCUGACUCGUCACACUCGCUAGAAGAGCGAGCUCGUCACCUGAGAACCGUGACGACGACCGCUGCUGACCUAGGGCGUUGGCUUUUUAGUCAACCUUGUACAUUUGAUUUUAUCUAUACUGGGAUAAUGGGGAAUAAGGAGGUUGUAGUACUACCUGCGAUUGUGAAGGUCCGGGACGAAAAGGGCCGGAGCUUGGCGAGCAAAGCAAUCUUAUGUGAAGCAGUUACUGCAAAACUGUGA